UGCCCCGCUGCUCGGGGACCAUGGGAUGCUGCACCGGGCGCUGCACCCUCAUCUUCCUCUGCGCUUUGCAGCUGCUUGCUGCAUUAGAGAGGCAAGUGUUCGAUUUCCUGGGAUACCAGUGGGCCCCUAUUCUUGCCAACUUCCUCCACAUCAUCAUUGUCAUCCUUGGCCUGUUUGGGACCAUUCAAUACAGACCUCGCUACAUAGUGGUGUAUGCCAUCUGGACUGCUAUUUGGGUCACCUGGAACAUCUUCAUCAUCUGCUUUUACUUAGAAGUGGGAGGGCUCUCAAAGGACAGUGAACUCUUGACGUUCAACAUCUCCCGGCACCAGUCAUGGUGGAGUGAAAAUGGUCCUGGCUGUGUAAGGAAAGAGGCUUCCAUGUCUGGCAUCAAAGGGCUGGACAGCCAUUCCUACAUCUCUGUGAUAGGCUGUGCCCUGGAGUAUCGCUACAUCGAGGUGAUGCACAGCUCCUUCCAGAUCCUGAUCGCACUGGUGGGCUUUGUCUACGCCUGUUAUGUUGUCAGUGUUUUUACAGAAGAAGAAGACAGCUUUGAUUUCAUUGGUGGAUUUGAUCCAUUUCCUCUCUACCAUGUCAAUGAAAAACCCACCAACCUUUUGUUCAAGCAGACAUACCUGUAA